AUGACUAUCGUUCUCACUCCGUAUUGGUCAAAUGGUGUUCAGAAACUUAAAAUUGCCUCUCAAUCGCCAGCGACCCCCAAACCAGGUUUGACUCCCCCGGCGUUAAACGCGUCGAUUCACGCUCAGCGUUGCCUGGCCCAGCUGCGCUCGAAGGACAAGAGCAUUGAAAAAUACAUCUAUCUGUCGCAUCUUAAGAACGAGGAUCCAUCCAUUUUUUACAAAUUAUGUUUAGAGAACAUGGUUGAAAUCACGCCUAUAAUCUACACGCCAACUGUUGGAGACGCAUGUCUGCAGUUUUCACAUAUUUAUAGACGCCCCGAGGGCCUCUAUGUUUCCAUAAAAGACAAGGGGAACAUUCGUAGUGUUCUCAACAAUUGGCCAAAAUUAGACGAAGCUCGUAUCAGUGUCGUCACUGAUGGUUCACGAAUCCUCGGCUUGGGCGAUCUUGGGGUUAAUGGUAUGGGGAUUUCAAUCGGAAAACUCUCCUUGUACAUUGCCGGUGCUGGUAUUCGCCCAGAGUCUACCAUCCCCAUUUGCCUUGACCUUGGAACAAACAAUCAAAAGUUCUUGGACGACCCGUUCUACCUCGGAAACCGCCACCAGCGUGUAUCAGACAAGGAAAUGGAAGAGUUUAUGGAUGAAUUUAUGCACGAAAUGUCUAGAGCAUAUCCUAAGCUGAUGGUUCAAUUUGAGGUUAGCUAUGACUACAUCCUUCGUUUGCAGUGUCCACAUUUAAUGCCCAAUCAGGAUUUCUCAUCGGACAACGCAUUCAAGUAUCUCGACCGGUACCGUAAUAAGUAUGCGGUCUUCAACGAUGACAUUCAAGGCACCGGAGCUGUCGUUCUGAGUGGCUUCCUUAAUGCGGCCAAGAUCGCUUCGGCCGCGUCGGGAAGGCCUCUCACAUCUCAUCGUAUUCUCUUUUUCGGCGCUGGGUCAGCUGGCGUUGGUGUUGCCAUACAGCUUCAGAGCUUCUUCACCCUCCAAGGCCUGUCGACUGAGGAGGCUCGUCAACAAAUUUAUUUGAUCGAUUCGCAAGGCCUGGUCUAUAAUGCUCGUGGACGUCUAGCGGAGUACAAAAAAUGUAUGCUGCCAUUUUCCUUGUUCCCUUCGUGGAUGUACUCAUCUUCAAAACCAGACUUCUCUAGGGACGACUACAGUGGACCUCCGAUGACAAACAUUCUGGACAUCAUUGAUUAUGUCAAACCCACUGCGCUUUUCGGUCUCUCUACUAUAACGGGUGCAUUUACACCCGAGGUUAUCCGAGCCAUGGCCGCUAACAACCCUCGCCCGAUCAUCUUCCCUCUCUCGAAUCCUGUCAGGCUGUCGGAGUGUUCUUUCGCGGACGCAGUUGAACACACACAAGGUGCCGUGCUGUUCGCAUCAGGCUCGCCGUUCCCUCAGCAACAGUAUGAGGGGAGAACCCUGUACCCCGGGCAGGGAAACAAUAUGUACAUUUUCCCUGGUCUUGGUUUGGGAGCUAUCCUCGCUCGGGUAUCAAGCGUUACUGACAGCAUGGUUAAGGCCUCGUCUCUGGGAUUGGCGGAUUCUUUGACGGAUGAAGAACGGUCCCUUGGACUCUUGUACCCCAGGAUCGAAAGGAUCAGAGAGAUUAGUGCUCACAUCGCAAAAGCAGUGAUCCGCGCUGCGCAAAAUGCGGAUGUUGAUCGUUCUAUCGACCUUCGCAACGUGAGCGACAGUGAACUCCUGCGUUUCAUUCAUGGAAAGAUGUGGAAACCUUGA